AUCACAUACUGUCAAAACAUCGCACUAAAAGAAGUUAUCGUCUGAGUUCAUAUCAUGUGUGUGAAUACUCCGGUUAAUGUUUUUUAACAAAAUGUUGUCCAUAUUUGUCUAGUAAAAUUUGGAUAAAAAAAAUAGUGACGAAACUAAAAUUUUCUUUCCGAAUUUCCUGAAUCCAAAUCCACUUUGAAUUAAGUAUUCCAAAACAUGUUGCAAUCAUAAAAUGUGACCAUGUAUUCAUUUUGUUGAAUCAACCGAUGCAUUAACCGCGAUGAGCAAGCCAAUCAAAGCAAUUAGGAAUUAAUCAAGUAUUUGCGUAGUCAUUUUUAGAUUGAACGAUUCCGUUUUUAUCAAUGAAUCAUUGUUGAUUUACUGAAACUAAGCCAUUUUUAAGAAGAACAAAAUCUCAGACACAAUUCAUCACAUACAGUUUGCAGACGGGGGAACUAAUCCAACCAAAAACAAACAUUGGACGGUUGAAGCGCUACCGUGUGGAUUCAUUAAUUUGUUUGCGGCGAAACUUACUUUUCGUCUACGGUGCUUUGUCGACAGAUUUGUGAUAACGAGUGUAAUUUAGUCUGUGAUUCUUCAUCAAAAUCCUCCCAAAAAAAUGGAACUCGAAUGGAAGGAAACGUACGAUAUUCUAAAGCGAAAGCAAGAUGAAGUGACAAAAACGUUGGAUUUGGCCAAACAGAAAGAGGAGGAAGGCAAUCGUGAAUUGGCAUUGAUCAACUAUAAAUUGGGAAUAACAUUGAUUGAUGAGGCACUAGCGACACCAGUGGCACUUCCCGAUGAUCCGGAUGAUGUUGAUGAAACAUGGCAUUUGGGUUUGAAAAUUGUAAAGGUGCUGAAGCGUACGAGAGGUGAAGUGAUGCAUCGUAUAGCCAUCCUAUCUCCGUCGUCCAGUGAAUCGGGCCCACGAGCCCAAGGAAUAGCAUCAUCCGAUUCCAAUCGAGCAACGACACGACCACGAACAUUCAUGGAAUUGGCUGAAGCGCUGCAAAGUUUCGAAUAUGAUUACACCGACACAAAAAAUUUGCCCAGUGUUUUAGAGCUGUUGUUCUCGUGCAAAGGUGUCAAAUUGUAUCAUAUAAAUGAGAAUGGUGAAGUAACCACCGCUGAUGAAGCGUCAAUUUUGCGAAUUGUUCGCUUGGAUCAAGAUCUCACACAGAAUUUGGAUGCUACUUAUUUUAUGCAAAUCAUUCGGUCGUCUGCGGCCGAAGAAAUUCAACGCGAAGACGGUAUGGAAGAUGAUGAGGUCGAGUUAGACAAUUCGAUUGAAGAUGAUGAGGAUUUUGAUGAGAAGCCAUCAGCGAAGAAAGUCCGUGAAAAUAUACCAACAAAGCCAACCGACUCAUCGCUCAUUUAUCCGUUGAUACCUGGUGUUUCGCCAUGCUUCCGAACUGAAUAUGGUGCUUUCAUUUUUCCCGACAUUCAGUCCGAAGUUCAAGGUGCUGCUAUUGGAUUGGUUGUUCCAAAAUCGGCCGACGAAAUUGUUCUGGAGAUUUUGGAGGCAAUUUUACAUGGAAUCGUUCGACAAAUAGAAGAAGAGGAAGAAGAAGAGGGUGAAGAAGGUGAAAAGAAACGAGAACGACGCUAUGCAAGCGAGCGCAUCUCAGACAAUAUCGUUCAAGGUGCUUGUUUCAUAUCAAAUGGACUGGUCAAAGGUACGGAACAACUUGGCAAAUUGGUAUCGUAUACAACGCCGUAUAUGAUUUCUAAAAUGAAUGGUGCUCCAGUGAAUGCGCCACCAAUAUCAAACAAAGUGGUUAAUGGGAUCGAGAUGGCCAAAUCGGCCACGGGAAUUGCAGUUGGUGUAACGAGUUAUGUAGCUGGGAAGGUUGGCAGUGCAACUGUGGCUCUCGGCAAGUUUCUCGCUCCACACGUGCAUGCUCAAGGUUCAAAGCUGUUGUCCAAAUCCAUGGGCUAUAGCACUGAUGACGCCAAAGAUAAGAUGAGUGGUGUUCUGACCGUUGCUGCUGGUGCUGUUGAAGGCUUCGGAACGGUUUACAAUGGCCUUGAGAAAUCAGCUGGAAUUUUGGGAAAAAAUCUGAGCGAAAACUCAGUCAAAAUCGUUGAACAUAAGUAUGGUCCACAAGCGGGAAAUCUCGCACAGGGCACAUUUGACACCGUAGGAAAUAUGAUUAACUUGUCACAGAACAUGAGUUUGAUCACACCAAAAGGAUUGGCCAAGAAAACGAUGAAGGGAACCGGCAAAGCUAUUAUCGCCGAUUUUAAACCACAGAUUCCAAGUAGGUUUUUUGGUCAAAAAUAUUUGUACCUUUCAAUCCAUUUUGACUGUUUUUUCCAAAUGAACAUUGUCCAUCGCUUAGGGAUCUAUUUCCAAGCCGCUCUUUUUGCAAUCGAGUACCUACAAAAUUACGUCUGGCAAUUUCUUAAGUUAAAAAAUUGACAUUUUAUGAGUGACCUUUCUAUUCCCACCGAUUGGAACUCAUUCAAUCGAAUUUUUUAUUCUGAGUUUUUCAUUCAAUUUUCAAUCGAUUUUUGUUCUAAUUUCAAUCAUUGGUCAAUGAUCAAUGGACAUUGGAACCCAAGACUGUUUAAUCUAAUAAAAACCGUUCUUUUCCCAUUUCAGAAACCAACUAUGCUCCGGCUGGCUCUUUGUAUCCGGAUCUGACGGAAUUUUCUAAGAAAUUGGCUCAAUCCAAUUGAACAUGGUGCUGAAUGUGAACUAUGGUUUUGUCAAUUCCAGAAGUAUGGUCUUGCCAAUGCCUAUACUUUGUAUUUUUAAGGGAAUAUCUUUGUUAAUAUGGACGAUCUGGGCCAAAAAUAUCAUUAAUUUAUGCAUGUUUUUUUGUUUUUAUAAAAUAGAAACGAUAAGUUCGAACUGAAAGAUUCAUUGUUGGUUUAAAAGUGUUAGAGGAGCCUAUUGGCAAAGGCGAAAUUUUUUAGUUUGAAAAAGCAACCUUUCUAUUGAAAUAGAACAUUGGACGCAACGAAACAUGAGCAAAACAGCCAAAUGCUUGUGAUUUUAUGCAACCAAAAUUAAUUUUGCUGUCCAAAAAGAUCAAAAUAAAUGUGUGCUUUCUAUUUUAAAUAGAAUAGUCUGAUGUAGUCACUUCUAGCAGUCACGAAUAAAUAAUAUUUUUAUAUUCAAUAUUGAA